AGGGAAGCUUCUAAGCUGGCCCUCAGCCUCAGACCCGGUGGGGCCUGGGGUCUGUAGAUGGGGGAGGCCUGGCCUUGUUCCAGCUCCUCUGCCUCAUGUGGUGCCAGCUGGCUGGAACCUACUUCAGCUUCACGGGUACAUGGUUCCUGUCCAGGAAGUAGAGUUACAGCCAGGAGACUGAGGCUGGUAAGAAACCCAGGCUAGGCUCUUCAUCAAUCAGAGAUUCUGUGGCUGCUAAUGUCUCAGAAGCUCACAGCCAAGGCAGACUUCAAUAUCUUGAAGAUCCUCACUGAAGGAGACUGGCAAGUCCCUGGUGGGGAGUUGUGGCGGGGCAGGGGAUAGAUUACUCCUGUCUUUAUGACAGGCAGAACAGGGAGAUAUAUUACUAGCCUGUGGGAGCUGGGUGGUGGGCAAGAAAGUUUACUCAGACUCAGAAACUGGCUCUACUAAGUGCUGAGGUUAUCUCCUGUGUAGCAAUGAAAGAGAGGAAAGAGUGGGUCAGAUACCACAGAUAAGCCAAACUGGCCGGCAAUUGAACCAUUGGUUACAAGCAGUAGGGUGACCAAGGACAGCAGCCACUUACCAGAAAAUGGUUAGGCUGGUAGCCAGACCUGUCAGGGCAGGCAGGUCAUCCUGACAGGCCUGGAGCGGCCAAGAGCCACCUAAAGCUGCUGUGGCUCCCAGUUGGAGGUGGUCCUGUGGUUUGGCAGAGUGAGAAUGGGAGAGAUGGCUGACUGGAAGGUAGUAGGCACAUGUGAUCAGAUCCAUGGCGUAAGGGUAUGGAUAGUCUGUAGGGACUGAGUCGGGGCAGCUUCAGGGAGCUGUGUGGAUGUUUGCAGACCUACCCUGGGGGCUUUGGGUGGCUGCAUAAUAUCACAGGACCCCAGAUGGUCAGUCUCCAAAAGCCAUCUAGACCCUCCUGGCCUCUUAAGUUCUUGUGUGGCUCGAAUGGCAGCCUCCCAGUUGGCCGCACUGGAAGGAGAGGAGUUGGGGGCUGGCGAGCCAGCCCUGAUCAAAGCCAGCCCUGCCGUCUUGUAUUCUGAGGGCCAGCGGCUGGCACUCGAAACACUGCUGAGUGGUGGCGAGGAAGCUUUCUGGGCCUGUGUGCAGCAGGAGAGGCUGCCCCCCUUUCUGAGUGCAAAUGAGGCUCAGGCCCUGGCUACAGCUGCUGAAGACUGGAUAGUACCAAGCCAGGAGCCUGGUGCCGCAGGCACAGGAACAGCCACCACUGAUGGGGACAUGGGCAGCCUGACCUACUGGCCCAGGCAGUCUGAGGAACCAGCACCCCUGCUGCGGCUGGGCUGGCCUGAAGACACUGCCUGGAAGGGCAUCACCCGGGCGCAACUCUACACCCAACCACCAGGCGAGGGCCAACCACCCAUUAAAGAGUUGGUACACCAGGAAAUCCAGGCUGCUCGUAAGCUGGUGGCUGUAGUCAUGGACAUUUUCACUGAUCCUGACUUGCUCAGAGCCAUGGUGGAUGCUGCUACACGCCGAUGGAUUCCUGUCUAUUUACUGCUUGACCACCAGCAUCUGCCUGCCUUCCUGGCAUUAGCCCAGCAGUUAGGGGUGAACCUGUGGACCACUGAGAACCUGGAUAUCCGGAUCGUGCAGGGCCACACCUUCCAGAGCCGCAGGCGACGGCAGGUGAGCGGCCAUGUGCGGGAGAAGUUCCUGCUGCUGGACGGUGACAGGGUCAUCUCGGGAUCCUACAGCUUCACAUGGAGUGACUCACGCCUGCACCGGGGCCUGGUGACCUUGCUCACUGGAGAAAUUGCAGAUGCCUUCAGCCAGGAGUUCCGUGUCCUGUACGCAGCCUCCAGACCGCUCCCGCCAGCUCCAGCUCGAAGCCCUUUGUUCAGUCCUCCUGAGGGCCCACAGCUGCCCCGAAGUCCACACCGUGUGGCCCUGCGCUGUCCUGUAGCCCCUGUGGCCCCAUUGCUGUCUGAUGGGCCUUUGGCUCACCGCCUGGCUGCCUGUCACAUCCUUGAGCGGGACAGACGAGAGACCCCCACCACAGGGCCAGCUCUCAGUGACAUCUUGAGGAGUGUACAGCGCACCAGGACAGCCAGUGGUCCCCCAACCCGACCCAGCCGCUCCCUAUGGGACCUUAGCCGCCUGUCCCAGCUCUCUGGCUCCAGUGAUGGUGAAAGUGAGCCCAAGAAGUCCUGGGUCUCCAAGGACACUCCAGCCAGGGCCCUGAUGAGGCAGCGGGGCACUGGAGGUGGGCCCAGAGCUGAGAUGGAUUCCCGGUCACAGCCCUGGGGUGGUCCCCUACCCUCAAUUUCAGCCCGCCGCCUGCGUUACCUAUCCCCAGCACAAAGGAGACUGGGGGACAAUGCCACCUCAUCAGACUGGGCCUCUGGCUCAGGCUCUGGAAGGCGACGCUGACAGGAGCCCUGGCCAGAUGUGGCUGGCCAGCCAUGGGUCUAGUUUAGAGCCCCAACCAGACACUGGCUGUGUCUGAGGCCUCUAGUCUAGGAUCUUGGCAGCAGAAGGGAUUGGUCUUAAUUGUUCUAGAAUUGGAUGAGCUCACUAGAGCUAAGGGCUCAGUGUUGCCAUCUGGGAAACGGGCAGAGGAUUCCCAAGCAGCAGACAGGACUGCUGCAGAGACAGGCUCAGUUGCCUCACCAUGUACUGUAUAAAGAGAUAGUGGGACAACCCCAUGACAGAGAAGAUAUGGAUAAAGUUGAGUCCAGGAAAGGAGAAUUAUGGGGAAAGAGGUUAAGGGGGGAUGGGCAAAGCUGAAAAAAAAAAAAAAACAAAGGUCUGGAAAGUACUGGGGAUAAUAAGACACUGGAA